AUGGGAGUGAUAGUAUCUAAGAGGAUCAACCUUGAGGAACAACUCUACUUUGAUUAUAGUGAGAGUAGAGUAGGACUUAGGGAUGAUUCUAUAGGAGACAUGCCACCAGUUCGUAGGGAUGGAAUAGGUGUGGGUAAACAGCCGCUAGGGUUAGAUCCUCCUAGAAGGAACCCACAGAGGGGUCAUAGACGACGAAGAGACCAUGAAGGUGUUGGUUCCCUCUCGGUGACUAAUCCUCAACCUCCACAAAACAACUCACUAGGUCCCCAAUCACCAGGUUCAAGACCGUCAGGUUCAGAAUCGCCUGGUUCAGGAUCAUCCACAAAUGUUCCAAUGUAUAAAAUGCAUCGAGCAAGCGAUAUUCUUAUGGCAUUCUCAAUCUGUCCUGAUACUAAAAGGAAUGAGAUCAUUGAACAAGCUAAGGAAGCCUUGGAAGAGCUAAAGAAAAUGGCAUCGAUGGGUGAACCUCUAUGGCAACGCAAAGAUAAUAUGGAGAUUUUGGAUGGGAUUCAAUACCUAAAACUACUUAGAAGGUAUGAUCUCACAGCGGAUAUGAUAAUAAAAUUGGUUGAAAGAGGUGGACCUCAACGUUCGCCAAGCCCUGGUGGCAAUCAAGACAUGCCAACAUUUCCCCUUGCAGAGUUUCAAUUCAAUCCAUUGUAUAUUGAAGGUUCCCGAGAGACUGGAUUAGUUGAUAUGAAACCUGUCAGUAUUGUUGAAUUACUCAUGGAUUCGAGGCAAUGGUUGGCAGCAUUUCCCAGUAUUGUCUCCAGAGCAACACUGAUAGGAGUUAUAUUGCAUGGUGCUAAUGGGAGCUAUGACGGGAGGGUUCAAGUGAUAGCAGCAGAGUUUCACCACUCCUCACCACUAAUUCCUAGUCGACAGAGUUAUUUCGCAAGGUAUUCUAAGCAGAUAGCUAGGGGAACAUGGGGAGUUGUUGAUGUCUCCUUGGAAAACCUAUUCCCUAGUACACAUGUACAGUUCCGAAGAAGUCCAUCAGGAUGUAUAAUCGAAGAAAUGCCAAAUGAAAGCUCUAGGGUUACAUGGGUGGAACAUGCGCAAGUUGAUAAUGGAUCAGUCCACCCCAUUUUUCGUCCCUUUGUUGAGUCUGGUUCUGCCUUUAGUGCCAAGCGAUGGAUUGCAAUGAUAAAUAGACAUUGUCAAUGGCUAGCAACUUCAAUGGCUAGAACUAGUCCAACAAAUGCUAGCGUGUUCAUACCACAAGUUGGGAGGGAGAGCCUGUUGAAGCUGAGUGAGAGGAUGACUAGAACUUUCUUCAACAAUGUUAGUUCUUGUUCAGAGAAUUUCUGGUUGCGCGCACCUGGAGCUAUGACUCAUGACCAGGAUAUUAGGUACAGAUUGGGAAAAAUUGUCAAUGCUCCAGAAAAGCCUCCUACUGGCACAAUCAUCUUCACAACUACACUUCGUCUCCCAGUACCACCAAAGAUACUCUUUGAUUUUCUUCGUGAUGAGCGCACAAGAGACCAGUGGGAUCAUAUUUCAUUUGGUCGAUCCGUCCGAGAACUUAUUUAUGUCCAAAAUGGUGAAAAUCGUGAAAAUCGUGUUUCUGUUGUGAAAGUAAAUUCUUCUCCAAGCAAAAUUCACAUGCUGCUCCUGCAAGAAAGCUUCUCAGACGAAACUGGGUCAUAUGUGGUAUAUGCACCCAUGGAUAUCUUUGGCAUGUCCAUGAUCUUGAAUGGUGGAAACCCCAAUUUUGCAGCGAUUCUGGCAUCAGGGUUUACCAUUCUGCCUGAUCUGCCACCACCAUGGCAAGCACAGGAAACUGAGGGAAGUAUCCUAAAUUUAGUUUUUCACCGUGGUGACAGGUCAUUCAUCGACGACAAUAUACCUGUGAAUGCAUUUGGAGUCAUGGAUGACAUCGUAUCAAAAACUAUUAAUGCCAUCAAGAAAGCUCUCAUGCCUGAUGGAUCUGGAAACCAAUCUGCCAGAAAGUGA